CUUUAAAUUUGAAAUGAAAGUAUCACUGAUUAAUUAAAAUCAAACAAAUUGAAAGAUUGGAUAUGAGAAUUUUUAAAUUUUUGAAAGGUUGGGUAGCCGUUUCCAAAUGAUUCAUAGUUUGGAUAUGUUCUACACAUUUUUACCUAAUAUUAAUUAAAAGCACCAUUCUCUGUUCUCUUGUAGCUUAAACUUUUAGAGAGAAAUGUUUAUGUCACAUUACUUUAACAUGGUAUUCGAGCAGAAAAUCUUUAGUUUGAGAAAAAUAGUUAUUUUGCAUUAAAAAUACUGUUCUUCUAGAGCUUGAAUUUUUGGAGAAAAAUAAUUGCUUAACAUUAAUUUAAUAUGGUAUCAGAGCAGAAUGCCUUAAGUUCGAAUAAUUCCAUCGGGGCCUGCAAUCUCAUUUAAAUCAAUAAUUUUGUGAAAUUUUGCUGCUCUAUGUACUUCUUUACUUGAAAAAAAGUAUGGAUUUUUGUUAAUUGUUUGAUAGCAAAAACUAAUGAAACCACUGGUUCGAACGAAAUAUCUAAUUCAUCUGACUAAAAUAGCUCAAUAAUGGAAGUUGAGGGAGUGACAAUAAAUAGAGUAAAGAGAUAAGCUUCGGGGCGCAAUGUCAAAAUAGCCUAUAGUUGAGGGGGUCUUCAUGCAAUUUUUUUGAUUUGAAGUAUUUUCCUAAAUAGAUUUGGCACUCAUUAAAAUUAAGAGUUUCGUAGGCUAUGAGCUGUUAACUAUAGUUCCAUCAGGUCAAUAGUGUUCAACAUAGUUAGUUCGACAGAAUCACUGUCAAAUUUAAUAUGAAUAUGCUCAAUUUAAUUGAUUGAAAUGAUUUAAAUCGAAAAACAUCAAAAUUGAUGAAGCGCCAAUAAUAAAAACCUGUACAUUUUUACCCUUUUGUUGAUCAAUGGAUACAUACGCAUUAAGCGAAAUCCCACAUUUUUCUCCUUUAUUUCUGUAUGUUUAGGGAUGACCGGCGAAAUGCACAUUAAGGGUGUCCCAGUAACCAAGUACAAGAGGUCGGCAGUCAGCUCAACAGAUGAAUGGCCUUCUAAAUACUCCAAAGUGUUUGUUCAACUUGAUGAUGGUUUAGAAUUUUCCUUUACUGAUAAGAGACGUUUUGCAAAAGUCCGUUUCCUUGAAGAUCCAGAGUCUGUCCCUCCGAUUUCUGAGCUUGGUCCAGAUGCCCUGUUUGAGCCUAUGCAAGUCAAUGAAUUUGUAGACUCUCUAAGCAAAAAGAAGAUCGCUAUAAAGGCUCUGCUACUUGAUCAGAGUUACAUAUCAGGCAUUGGUAACUGGCUCGCGGAUGAGGUGCUUUAUCAGGCGAGAAUUCAUCCCCUGCAACUUGCUGCAAGCCUGUCAAAGGAGAGCUGUGAAGCGCUGCAUCGAUCCAUCAAAGAGGUCAUUGAAUAUGCUGUUGAAGUUGAUGCUGACUCCAGCCGUUUUCCAGCUGAAUGGUUGUUUCACUUCCGCUGGGGAAAGAAGCCUGGAAAAGUGAAUGGGAAGAAAAUCGAAUUUAUUACAGCAGGUGGCAGGGUUGACCCCAUGGCAGCAAGAAAAGGCGAUCUUGUGCUAUACUCCGGUGAUCUCUUGCCUACCGAGGCACGCUAA